ACUGUGAUUUGCUUGACAUGCAAUAUGCGCUAACUACCUGCUUUACUGACAAGAGAUGCGCAACAAUUUAUCUCGAAGUAGCCGAAUAGGCCUUCUGUCAGCCGCCUACUAAUCGCCGCACCAUCCCCCGCAUUGGCCGCAGGUUCGCGGACGACCAACGAAGACACACUUGAAUCAGACAACGCCAAUGCCUCGAGCCAGUACAGCUGCCGGGGCCCGUCUCCGGUGCAGACGGGCGUGCGACAGCUGCAAGAGAAGGAAGCAAAAAUGCAACGGGGAACAACCCUGCACGAUAUGCAUCCAGCGGCGCAAAGAAGCCGAAUGCCACUUCUCGGACAAGCCUGCUCGAUUACUCCGGCCCGGCAAUGAUCCUAAAGAAGCAAUGUUACUCAGCGAGCAUCUAGUCUCCACUCCACAGCGGCGCACGGCCAUGGAUCACCUGCUCAACUCACUCGAGGACACAAGCGCAAAUCUAGAGCAACAAGUUGAGGAGGAUAAGGAUGGAGGAGCGGCACCUGUGCCGAAGGUCGCGCGAUUGCUGCGGGAUGGCCAGGGGAAGUUUAUGUAUAUCGGGGACUCCGCCAGCUUGUCGUUUUUACAGAGUGUUCGGCGUAUUGUGUCUCAAUCGAUCGGACGGUGCGAGUUCACGGAGGAUACGUCGCGUCAUUCAAUGCUCGAGGCGUUCCAGAGCAGCUCAGCCACGCAGAAUGGGCCGCUGGCUCAGCCUCCAAGUAAUGAUGAGGCGCAACGGCUCGCCCGUCAGUAUGUUUUGGCUACCAGUCCGUUGCUCGAUCUGUUUGACCUCGAGGAAUUUCACCCGCGGCUCGCCAAUUGGAUUGGAAAUCCGACGGGAGACGAGGACACGGUCAGCUCAAUCUUCUAUCUUGUCCUCGCCAUUGGCGCCCAGGUAUCCGACACCAACCAGGCUCAAGCGGAGCGAUACUUUGUCAGCGGCCGGCAGCUGGCUUUCUCCGCUUUCACCGAGACUCCCAGCUUAUACACGAUCCAGUCCUAUGUUCUGAUAUCCAUGUAUAUGCUUGGUGCUUGUCGUCGAAAUGGUGCCUUUAUGAAUCUAGGUAUCGCGCUACGGGCUGCAUAUGCAGUGGGUAUACACCGAAGAGAUGCAAAUUCUCUGUUCACCACGCGGGAAAGAAGGGCCCGGGAACGAGUGUGGAAGAGCCUUCGCAUGAUGGAUCUUUUCCUCAGUGCAUCCCUAGGACGUCCACCCGCCACGUCGGAUUUCGACUAUGACUUGCGCGAGGAUGAGGUUAGCCGAAAAGAAUCACAUCUUCCCCAAGACCAAGUAUCUACCACUGUGAUUUCGCUCUGUCGCAUUUUCGAGCGAGUUCUCACCGAAGUGUACAUGCGACAGGUGGUCUCGAUUAACCUUGCCGAGAACAUCUCUAAUCAGCAUCGAGCUUGGGUCAGGACUCUUCCCACAUUCCUACAGUUACAAAGAGACCGAUUGGAAUCCAGAACGCUAGAGGAAAGCUUGGCUGCAGCGCAUGUCUUCGGGUCGUACUACUGGUCGAUCAUUCUCUUGACCCGCCCAUUUCUCAUCUUCUGGGUAUCACAAUAUGUGAAAAGCAAGAAAGGCUCUGCCGGAGCCCCCGAAUCCAGAAACGGUACAUCCCGCCUAUCAUUAUUCGCCGACGCCUGCGUCUACUCUGCCCUGCGCGGCCUCGACAUCGUAGAGGGCCUCGCCCGAUACGAAGCUCUCCCGCGCCGUCUUCCUUUCCUAAUUAACUCCGUCUUCAACUCAGCAGUCGUGCUAGGCGCCGCCUUCUUCGCCGACUACGACAACCUCCUCCCGCUCGGAGAAGGCAUGAACAAGGCCGAGAGAUUCCUUGAACUGUUUGUCCCUCAUGACCCGCACUCUUGCCGUUUCCUUCAGAUUAUCAGGUAUCUCCGGGCUGCAGUAUCCGAGUACGUGGGCCGCCGUAGUCGGCAAUGGAUGGAACGCCGCAGCAGACAGGUCGAACAGCUCUUCGGUCAAGUCGGGCCCGCUAGUGCAGAUGAACUAUCACCCACACCAGAUACCAUACCCUCUGCCCGCCGGCCAGGCGAAAUCGCAGCCCCGUCCCCUCUAUCCCCGAACAAGCUACCCCAAGCAGAUAAUCCCAUCCCGUCGCAACAUCCUGAUUUAACAACCCUCGCGCCACAUGACAGCAGCAUCUGGGACGCGCUCUGUGGUACUACCACCGCCGGACUCCCAUUCGAUUCGGCUAUCUCUACUCUCACCACAACGGGAAUUCCCGUAAACUUCUCCCCGGGCGGCUCCAUGGGUAUGCCCUUGGCUGGUGCCGGAGCCUCGGCGUCAGCAUCCCGGAGGGCAGGUGCUGAGACCGGCGACGGCGAUGGUCACACGCCGCUCUCCGAUAUGAUCUUAUCUGAUAACGGGCUUCUCUACAUGGCUGAGGAUCUACCCGUAUUCGGGCUUUGGGAUGAGACGUAA